CCGUGAUUCGUGUACAACACCGGUCACCGUUGUCUGUUCACUGUUCACCACAGCGCGCACGCACAACGUUCGUAGUGUUCAUACGUAGGUGAUGCACACCUCACAGUAGUGGUUACUCGCAACUGUAUCUAUACCGUUAACGACAAUAUUGUUAUAUCGUGUUGACUGUUGACUAUUGUUGUUGUUGUUGUUUACACGGCGAGACGUUGUUGUUUUGAAAUACACGAUUUCCCGUCAACGUGCACGUUUCGGUGGACUUUUCACGUUUCGUCUGUUUUAAUAUUUUCGUCCCCUCCCUCCCCCGACUUUUCGACCGUUCGCCGAGUCGACCGCCGUCCCGCCGAGUGAGAAAACUCAAAAAACGGUCAUUUCGCUGCACCCUUUGUUCGCGCCCAUUCGAUACACGCGCAUUCCGAUCCGCCGUCGCGUCCCACACAAACGGUACACGUAAUAUUUCUUCAGCCUACGCGUUCCACGUCGAUAACAUGUCCAAGCCUCCGUGUGCAGUGUUCUUGCUGGCCAUCGGGUCGCUGUGCCUGUUGGCCGCAGCCGCCAACGGCGUAGACGCCGGAAACGGCGAUCACCAUUCGCUGGAGCUGGACGAGAACAACUGGACGAACGUGCUGACCGACGAAUGGAUGGUGUUGUUCUAUGCUCCUUGGUGUCCUGCUUGUAAAUCACUUGAACCUGAAUGGAGAGAAUUUGCAAAAUGGAGUGAAAGUCAUUCAUCCAUUUCAGUUGCAAGUACAGAUAUUACAAUAUCACCAGGACUUACUGGACGUUUUAUUGUUACAACUUUACCUACCAUUUUUCAUGUUAAGAAUGGUGUAUUCAGAUACUAUAAAAUGGGCCGUGAUAAAGAUUCUAUGAUAUCGUUUAUAAAAGAACGAAAAUGGGAACAAAUAGAAACAAUUUCAUCAUGGAAAUCCCCUAAUUCAAUUCAAAUGUCUCUAGUUGCUCAAUUCUUUAAACUCUCGCAAAAAGUUAGGAUUUUACAUUCAACUCUGAUGGCCGAAUAUGGACUACCCACUUGGGGAUCAUAUUUGAUAUUUGCUAUAGCCACCAUAUUUAUUGGUGCCAUACUUGGUUUAGUGUUAGUUUGUAUUAUUGAUUUAGUUUAUCCUCCAAGUCACCAUAAAAUGCCAGUUAAAGAUGGAAAAGAUGAAAACAGUGAUAGCGGUCAAGAAUCGGAUGAUGAUGAUGAACUUGUUAAAGAUGAAUUGUUGGAUGAUCAAGCUAGUGAUGAACCAACUGAAAAUGAACCUUUAUUGAGGAAUAGACGCAAAAUACGUAAAACUGACUGAUAACUUUUUUUUUUUUAUAAUAAGCCUAACUAUUUCUUCAAUAUAAUUCCAAUUAAUAUAAUUUAUACCAAUUAAUGUAUAAUAGUUUUUCUAAUAUAAAGCAUUAUAUUGAUAUUAUCAUUAAUUUAUUUUUAGGUUCACAUUUAAUUAAGUUAAUUAAUAUUGAAUACUUAACAUAAGCAGUCAAUUAUUUUUUUUAAUUAAUUGCUUUUUUAAGAAAAUUUAGGCUUAAAGCAUUAGCUGUAUUGCUUGCUUGUUCCUAAAUCUUUGUAAGUAGUCAUUUUUAUAAGAAAUUUUUUUAAAUGUUUCAUUCAUGUAUAUAAAUAUAAAUAAAUAGCCAAACCUUAUAUUAA